GGAUGAAGACUCCAUCGGCACCGUUGAAAUCAAAAUUAGAAAAAUCAGACCGUUGGGAGAAACCGCUCAUCUUCCUCAAGAAGCCUCCUUUAUAGAGGCCCCACUAUUUUAGUACUAAUCAUCGGAAGAAGAAGAAGAAGAAGAAGAAGAAGAGAGAAAAUACUAACGAAAAUGAUGGCGUCUCGAUCGAUUGUUCCUCAGCAAACCACUGGUGAUGUUGUUGUGAUAGUGGAAGAUGAUGAUGACAAGAAGGCUGCGAAAGGAAGAAACCGCCAGGUUCUUCGUGAUAUAGGCAAUGUUGUUCGACGAAAUCACCCAAAGAACAACGACCCGGCUAAGAUCAACCAUCCUCGUACACGCUCUCAACACGCCCCACUCGUUGAGCUUGUUAAACCUGUGGCGGUACCAAAGCCAAAGAAAAGAGCUGAGAAACCAAAGGACGUAGAGGUUAUAGAGAUAAGCUCAGACAGUGAUGAAGAACUUGGUUUAGUUGCUGUCCAGGAGAAGAAGAAAACAACAGUCUCUUACACAUCUGUUCUCACCGCUAGAAGCAAGGCUGCUUGUGGUGGUUUAAAGAAGAAAGAAGAGAUUGUUGAUAUCGACUCUGUUGAUGCUAAGAGUGACCUUGCAGCUGUUGAGUAUGUGGAAGAUAUCUACAGCUUCUACAAGUCUGUUGAGAGUGAAUGGCGUCCAACUGAUUACAUGAGGUCACAGCCUGAGAUUAACGAGAAGAUGAGACUGAUUCUCGUUGAAUGGCUGAUAGAUGUAUGCGUCAGAUUCGAGCUAAACCCUGAGACGUUUUACCUCACCGUUAACAUCAUGGAUCGGUUCUUGUCUGCUAAGCCUAUACCUAGAAAAGAGCUUCAGCUGGUUGGUCUCAGUGCGCUUCUCAUGUCAUCCAAAUACGAAGAGAUCUGGCCACCACAGGUGGAGGAUCUAGCUGACAUUGCAGACCACGCAUACAGUCACAAACAGAUUCUGGUGAUGGAGAAGACAAUACUGUCUACACUCGAGUGGUACUUGACAGUUCCGACGCAUUACGUCUUCCUCGCACGUUUCAUCAAAGCUUCCAUUGCAGACAAACAAAUGGAGAACAUGGUGCACUAUCUGGCUGAGUUAGGAGUAAUGCAUUACGACACGACCAUAAUGUUCAGCCCAUCACUGGUUGCUGCAGCUGCAAUCUACGCAGCGAGAUCAGCUCUUCACCAAGUUCCCAUUUGGACUAACACUCUCAAGCAUCACACCGGCUAUUCUGAGACUCAGCUCAUGGAUUGUGCGAAGCUAUUGGCGUUUCAGCAGUGGAAGCAACAAGAAGAAGGGAGUGAGAGUAAGAAGGGAGCUUUACGAAAGAAGUACUCCAAGGAAGAAAGGUUCGGUGUGGCAAUGAUCCCCCCGGCCAAAUCUUUGUUGACCGGAACCGACUCUGCUUAGGAGUUAUAAGACCACCCACCCCCAUGAAGAAGAAGAAGAAGAUGAAAUAAUCUACUACUAGAUAUGGCUUUUCAUUAGAUUUAAAGUUUUGUACAAGUCUAAUGAGUUACUUUGAAAACAUAUUCUCUAUUGAAUGAAUCCAAAUGCUUCUUCUUAUCAUCA